AUGACUGGACGCAUCGUUCUCCUGGGCGCCACGGGUGGUCUUGGCCGCGAAGUUCUCGCGCACAUCCUGCAUCUCGUCGCGCCGACAGACCUCAUCAUCGCCAGCCCCAGUCCCACCCGCGUACGCGCAACCUGGCCGCACCUUUCCAAGGAGGUCGAGAUACGGGAGGGCGACUAUACCCGCCCGGAAACGCUCCCUGGCGCGUUCGCCCAUGCCGACACACUCUUCCUCGUCUCAUAUCCCUCUAUUGCACGCACGGAACGCGUUGUAGCGCAUAAGACCGCCAUCGACGCUGCUAGAGCGGCGGGUGUCAGACGCGUGGUGUAUACCAGUCUCGCCUUCGGCGAUUCGGGGACGGCGGUGGUUAUGCGGGCUCACCUUGAUACGGAGGUGUACUUGAAGGCGAGUGGGCUUGAGUAUACCAUCAUCCGCGAGGGGCUCUACAUCGAAGCAUUCCCAAUGCACAUGGGUUUCUUCGACGCUCAGCGUGACACGGAUGUGUACGUGCCAGGAGACGGACCCGUAGCUUGGGCCGCUCGCGUGGAUCUCGGAGAAGCCACCGCACGUAUCAUCGCCGACGGACUCUACACGAACGAGACCGUGCUGCUUUCAGGACCCGCGAGGAACGUCCGCACGCUCACGCAGAUCGCUCAGUUGUGCUCCGCGAUCCUCGCUCGGCCGGUGCGGUUGCACGUCGUCAGUGAAGACGAGUACGUGGAGCGACACACGGACCCUAGUACGCUACCACGAGGUGACCCUGAGUUCUUGAGGCAAUGGGCGACGAGCUGCGUUGCGAUGUCGCGUGGGGAGACGGGCGUCGUGAGCCCUGCGCUGGAGGAUAUCCUGGGACGUCGUGCGAGAGGAACAGAGGAGUGUUUGAGGGAGUUGAUUGGUAAAGAGCAGGAUGCGAUUACACAGUAUGCCAAGUAG